AUGUCUUUUGCUGAUUUCUUGGAAGUCAUGCAUCUUCAGACUCGUGCAGAGGAUCUACCGACAGAAGUGAUUAAAGCUUUUCAAGCUGCGGAUAUCUCUCAUAAUGGCACCAUUCCGGCAAGGCAAUUGGCACACAUGCUGGUUCACUGGGGAGAACAAUUGAGUAGCAAAGAAGUGGAGCAAAUCUUCCGCGAGGCCAAUGUAUCUCUAAAUGGUUAUGUUAAAUAUGAAGACUUUGUGAAAAUAGCUUGUGCACCUGUACCUGAUUAUUAUUGAAUUGUUAAAAGACUC